CCUUUUGAAACCUCUGUAUAUCUUAGUCAGUUUUUAUAAAACAAUCCAAAAAGUUAAGGAAACAAGACGAAGAUGGAAGAGAGCAAGAAAUGUGAUUUUGAACUUCUUCACGAUCAAUAUCAGCAGAUCAAAAUAUUGCAGAAGUUGGACAUUCCUGUUGAUAAUAACGUUACCGAACCUUCCACUGAGAUGAAGAUUAUGAUUGAUCUCAUGAUCGAAAAAAUAGAUAAUUUGAUAGUUGUUCAUGACUCACUCUAUUUACGUUUAUUGGCAAUGAAAACUACACUUUUUUACGAGCAAUCGAAACUUCUCAUCAGUUUAGGAGAAGAAGCACUGGCACAGAAUAUCUUAUUAACAGCGCUCGAUAACGUAAAUGACGUUAUUUCAAAAUCUGAGAUAAUAUUUCUGGCCUUUCGUAUAAUUAACCAUUAUGCUUAUCUUCUCACGAAACAAUCAGAAUUUGAUAAGCCUCGAGAUCUACUAGAAUUUGCUGAAUCUACGUAUAGGAAAUUGAAAAAUGAAAAUUCAAAAAUUUCAUUUUACACAAGCGACGAUUUAUUUUCUCCAAAUAAGAAUUUACCGCCACCUACAGAUACCAGCAACAAACUGGAACGUUUAGUAACAAAUAAUUUGCAAAUGCUUGGAUUUAUAUAUAAUAAACAAGAGCUAUAUGAUAAAUUUGCUGAAUAUCAUCAUGAAGUACUUAAACGACAGCUUGAAACUCAUGAUGGAGAUGUAACAAUGUGGGCAACAAAGUCAGCCAAGCUUGCGUCAUAUUUUCUUAGCAAGAAUAGAUUUAAAGAAGCUAGACAUCAUUUGGCUGCUGCCAUUUAUGUAUUAUACAAUCAUGAAAAGGAACUCAAAGCUGUAGAAUCGUCUGACAACACAAUUAAAAAAUGGGAUGAGUUACAACAAAGGUUUGCUGAUGUAGCCAAAAAUUGGGUAAAAUAUGGACUCUUCCUCUUUAGUGUUUCAAAAACAAAUAUAGUUUCUCACUUCUGUGGUGAGCCUAGUCAACUUUUAGAACGACUGUGGACACUGCCGUUUAAAGAUGAUAUUAAAAAGACAAGCGCGCCGGGCAUAAUUUCAAAAAAUGCGAAUAUCACUGAUAAGGAAUCUGACCUUUGUCAAGAAGGCAUUGGCGACAGAACUUACGAAAGUCCUGCAAUAACGGUCUUCGGAGUGAAUCCAGUAUCUGAGUCUAUACCAAAGUCGACAGAAAACGUACAACAGCCAGAGUCAAAUAGACCAGAAAAAUUAAAUGCAGAAGAAUACCAAGGUCCAUUCCUGGUAUUUGAAUCAUUGAAGUUAAUCGAAUACGAAGAACAGGUGACCGCAUCCUAUAUUGAAACGACAGCGCAAGCAAGAGAUCUUUUUAUAUACACUCAUUCGUGGCUAAAAAGAGCCAAAACUUUUUACACUCUACGUGAUCAUCCAAUGGAAUACAUUAAUGCGAUUUUGGAUCUUAGCGAAUUGUAUCGCUAUUUAGCGUUUUAUGAAGAGGACAUUGAAAGUCAGUAUGCCGUGCAGAAACUACGCGCAGAUGCUUUGGAAACUUUGAGUGCCGUUCUGAAAGAGGUUCGACCUCAAUGUUACAUGGCAGUAUCCGUUGAGUUGUUGCGUGAACUCGCAGAAGUUCAAUUGGAAAUGAUGGGACUGAAUUUACGAAGAAUUUAUUCAGCUCAAGAGAGUCUUCCAGAAACUAGCGAUAUGACUCUUCAUCAAAUGGAUGCACUUGCAGAUAUUCAUUCUAGAUUGGAACAAUUUGGGGAUCAUAUAGGCCAUAAUGUAGAUUCUGGUGAUACUGGGCUCAUGCCAGUUUCUGAAAUGGCAGGCGAUGUUGGUCAAUAUGUUAACCAAUAAUGGUAAUUUAUUUUGCUUUAUUAACAGAGCUUUGUUCAAAUUAAUUCCAAGCACAGUGUCACCUGUGUGGGAUGAGUUUAUAAA